GAGGAAUGGGUGGUUAUGGUGGAGGAAUGGGUGGCUUUGGUGGCCCCGGUAGAGGUGGCCCUGGAAUCCAACCUGUGCAAGUUGACUCAACCCUCCUACAGCCAGUCCAUGUUGAGAUUGAUCCCCAGAUCCAGCAAGUCAAAAACCAGGAGAAGGAACAGAUCAAGACUCUUAACAAUCAGUUUGCCUCUUUCAUUGAUAAGGUCCGCUUCCUGGAGCAACAGAACAAGGUCCUCUCCACCAAGUGGGAGCUCCUCCAACAGCAAGGGCCUUUGGGGCCAAGGAAGAACCUCGAUCUCAUCUUUGAAAAUUACAUCCAGAACCUGAGGAGGCAGCUGGACUCAAUCCUGUCACAGAGGGGACAGCUGGAGUCGGAGCUGCAGAACAUGCAGCAAUACGUGGAGGAUUACAAAACCAAGUAUGAGGAAGAGAUCAACAGGCGCACAACUGCUGAGAAUGAGUUUGUGGUGCUUAAGAAGGAUGUGGACUGUGCCUACAUGACUAAAGUAGAGUUGGAAGCCAAGGUGGGAGCUCUGACCGAUGAAAUCAACUUCCUGAGGUGCAUCUACGAGGAGGAACUGUCUCAGAUGCAGACAAUCAGCCGGGACCUGUCCGUGGUGGUGUCCAUGGACAACAACCGUCACCUGGAUCUGGAAAGCAUCAUCGAGGAGGUCAGGCGUCAGUACGAGCAGAUUGCUCAGAGCAGCAGAGCUGAAGCUGAGGCUUGGUACCAGAGCCAGAACCAGCAGCUGCAGGCAGCUAUUGCUGAGGCCGAGGAGCGGGGUGAGAUGGCCCUCAAGGAUGCCAGGUUAAAACUGGAAGAGCUGGAGUGUGCCCUGCAGAAAGACAAGGAGGAGCUGGCUCGCUUGCUGAAGGAGUACCAGGAGCUGCUGAACAUCAAGAUUGCCCUGGACGUUGAGAUUGCCAUGUACAGGAAGCUGCUGGAGGGAGAGGAGAACAGGCUGUGCAAUGAUGGCAUGUCCAACGUCAAUGUCU